CCUCUUUCCUUGUUUGGCUUUGUAAACCCCUGUCCCUUUUCCUAUUAAUUCCAGACAUCAAUAUUUUCUUUCACACAACUGCCACCAUUCAGGCAUGGAACAGUUUGUACAUUAUGUAGUUGUCAAAAUGCCUGGGGAUUACCCAGUAUGCCUUGCCUGUGAGAAACUGACACCACCGUGGCCUAGUUUUGAGAUGAUUAUUUUGAAAGUACGCUGACAAGCAUGAAGACCUGAUCCUAGAGUGGCACAAGUGAUCCUUAUGUGAAAUUUAAGCUGACUGGGAAGGUGCUGUACAAAAGUAAAGUCAUAUAUAAGAACUUGAACCCAGUUUGGGAUGAGAUAGUUGUAUUGCCAAUACAAAGCCUUGAUCAAAAGCUACAUGUGAAGGUAUAUGAUUGAGAUUUAACCACAUCUGAUUUCAUGGGUCCUGCAUUUGUCAUUCUCAGUGAUCUUGAGCUUAACAGAACAACUGAACAUAUUUUAAAACUGGAAGAUCCAAACAGUUUAGAAGAUGACAUGGGAGUGAUCAUCUUAAAUUUGAACCUAGUGGUAAAACAGGGUGAUUUCAAGAGACAUUCCUCUUUGAUAUGCAACCUACGGCUCUCUGAGUCCUUGAAAAGAAACCAGCUCUGGAACGGGAUUAUAAGUAUAACUUUGUUGGAAGGGAAGACUGUCUCAGGAGGAAGCAUGACAGAAAUCUUUGUCCAGUUAAAACUGGGAGAUCAGAGGAUGGGCAUUUUGGACAUUGAAGUGUGGAGAGAGGACAGUAAAAAGCAGGAGGAAAGUCUGGGCAGGUGUAAAGUGGAUAUCUCCACACCCCCUCUGAAGCAAGCCAACUGCCUGGAGCUGCUGCUGGACAGCUGUCUGGGGACAGCGAAAGAAAGCAGAUUACCCAGCCAUAGGUGUGGUCCUUGCACGAUGACUUCCUUCCAAAGGAGUGUAGUAUGGAGAAGGAGAAAAAAGGGCAACUUUACAGUGGAGAAAGUGGACGACACCUCCUCACCUAGGGGAUCAAGGUUGAUAUCAACAGGAGGAAGUCACCCUGACAGUAUGUAUCCUUGAUAUGAUGCGAUGAGAAUGGCACUUUACCUCUAUGGUCUUUCUCCCCAAAAUCAAUAACGUGAGUCUAAUAAAAAGA